AUGGACGCCAUGGCAGCAGCUGAUGUGAUGCUAGGAAUUGAUCUCUUCCCCUGCCUCAACAACGGGAUUCUUCUCAUGCUUUGUGUGUUCGGGAACUUCAUGGCAAACCGUGCUGCAAUGUCAAGAAUCAGACGAAUGGCUCCUGUGUAUAAGAUGCUGGCAGAGGUGAAUGAUGCUGCUGGGAAAGGUGGAGACCAGCCCCCUUCUUCCUCCUGUGAAACCAACCCCCUCUUAUCCCUUCCCCGAACAACUCCGCCCGAUCCCUUGAACUGCCAUACCCCCAAUCAAUUAACCACAACGCAGAUUUGUUAUUUCAUCGAGCUGGAAAUCGACUCGUUCGCCGGGAGCGGGGCGGAAACCUCGUCGGCGGCGAGGGACGACGAAGACGAGCUGAUUCUGGAAGCAAUCGCCAGGCUUCCGUCGGAGAAGCGGGACAGGUACGCGGUGCUGAGGAGGACCGAGACCAUCGAUUUGCAUAAAUUGAAAAAGACGGACAGAGAGCUGCUGGUGAAGAAGGCUCUGGCGACCAAUUCGCAGGACAAUUUCAAGCUGCUUUCGGCGAUCAAGAGCCGGCUGGAUCGGGUCGGGAUCGAGGUGACGACGGUGGAGGUGAAAAGGUGGAGCGGCCGAUGGAUGCGGAGGGAAAGGUUUGAAUGGGUUUGUGGACCACCUCACGGAUUGGAUCCGGUCCGGGAAGAUGAUUGA